AUGACGAAAACACUGCCAUUCGGAGAUAUGCAAGUGCCGUUCCCAGGCUUUGGUGCCAUGGGUUUCAGCCACGGCAUGGGCAACAAUUUCACUCUUGAACAGGCUGAGCCGGUACUGUUGAGAGCGCUUGAACUGGGUUGCACGUUCUGGGACACCGCUGUCGUCUACCGCGCCGGCGUGAACGAGAAACUCCUCGGCGACUUCAUCCGCAAGCACAACGUCAGAGACAAGAUCUUCCGUACGAUCCCCUACCCCUCGACUUCUAGUCCCACUGACAUCCUUCCAGUAGCCUCAAAGUGCGGCAUCGAGUGUUUCAACGGCCCUCGGGAAGUCACCAACUCACCAGAGCACAUCAAGACCUACAUCGAAGGCACCAUCGAACGCCUAGGCUUCACGCCAGACCUGUACUACCUCCACCGUAUCGAUCCCAAGACUCCUCUAGAGCAGUCUAUUCCUGCCCUUGAUGCCCUCCGCCGCGAGGGCAAGACGAAGUACAUCGGCCUCUCAGAAUGCUCCGCCGCGACGCUCCGCAAGGCAAACUCCAUCGCCAGAAUCGACGCCAUUCAGGCGGAGUACUCUGCCUUCGAAACGCUGCACGAAUCCGACGGGCUGAUCGACACGGCGAAGGAACUUAACAUCGCGUACGUAGCGUACAGUCCCCUCGGGCACGGCUGGCUCGUUGACAACUUCGACUACGCGUCCCCCGACGACUUCGCGCCCGACGACUUCCGGCGCAAGGUGCCGAAAUUCCAGGGGGAGAACUUCUACAAGAAUAAGGCGAUUGUGGAGGAGGUGAAGAAGCUUGCGGAGAAGAAGGGGUGCUCGACGAGUCAGAUUGCGUUGGUGUGGGUGGCGGCGCAGGGGAUGAUUGCCAUUCCGGGGACGACGAAGAAGCAGAGGUUGGAGGAGAAUUGGGCGUCAAGGGAGGUGGAGCUCAGCGAGGAGGAGAAGAAGAGUAUGCGGGAGCUGCUUGAUAGGGCGAAGCCGGCGGGGAAUAGGUAUCCGCCGGAGAUGCAGGCGAUGGUGGGGCACUAG